AAUUGCAGCCGCUGCUUACUUGUACCUAUGGCUGUGUGUCCUGCAACCUUAUAAAGUGGACGAGUGCACGCACCUUGCCAUCCAGUCUCAGCCUGUCGCGAAGCCUGUUGGUCAUGAGGAUCUAUUACCUUCUCCUCCUGUUGCCCUUGCUGUUCUUGAUGCCUGUUCCAGGAAAUGGGGGAAUUAUAAAUACCCUGCAGAGGUAUUAUUGCAGAAUAAGGAGCGGUCGGUGCGCCUUGUUGAGCUGCCUGCCAAAGGAGGAGCAGAUAGGCCGCUGUUCUUCCACUGGCCGAAAAUGCUGCCGAAGAAAGAAAUAAAAAAAUCCAGAAAUGGGAUGGGAGCGUUGUAAAGUGUGAAAAUGCCUCCUGGAAGUUUAUAGAAGAAAAACCGAAUUAAAUAUUUUUUUUUUCAAAAG